AUGACCGACCCCAAGCCGACAAAAGGCUUCCAGUCCGUGUCAGCGGACUUCUUUCACCACGCAGGAAAGACGUUCCUCGCGUACGCCGACAGACUUUUCGGUUGGCCCAUCGUCGUCUCCUGCAACAGAGAAGUGACAUCACGGACCCUCGUCUGCUCUCUGCGCGAGAUCUUCUCCUCCAUAGGGGAGCCAAACGUCCUGAGAAGCGACGGAGGCCCACAGUUCACGGCGCACCACACCAGGGACUUCCUCGUGCGCUGGGGGGUCAGACACGUGCUAUCAAGUCCGCACUACCCGCAGUCGAAUGGCCACGCAGAAUCAGCAGUCAAGCUGGUCAAACGACUCCUGCAGAAGACGUCUGUGGCCGGCAACACGGACUCCGACGGGUUCGCCCGAGGCAUCCUGGAGAUCCGCAACACGCCCCGGGUGGACGGACGCUCAUCCGCCCAGAUCCUCUACGGGCAUCCAGUUCGGGCGAUCCGGCCCCGCACGUAG